GUUGGAAAGUAAAUUUACAAGUAUUUUUCUUCAUAAUAAACUUUUACAAAUUUUUGAUCUGAAGUUAUAACAUAUUUGUACGAGAUAAAUAUAUUAUGCUCCUUGUCCUCUUUUUUCUUUAAAAAAAAAACUUUGAAUUCAAGAAAAAGUAACAUUUCUAAAAUCAGAUGAGUCUUUGUUGUGGUAUAGAAACUUACAAGGAGAUACUUGACCGUCUUGAUGAAGAUAAAUUACGAGAAAUGAUCAACUCUAGUUCUUUAGAAGUCACAGAUAUGACACCACCUGUCAUCAACAAUUGGACUGUUCGAUCUAUCAGUGCACCACCUGUCUGGUAUCAAGUGCAAGCCACUGAUAAGACGAUUAACUAUUGUAGUUGUGAUGAUUUUAACAGACAUCGUCAAAAUCCUUGCAUUCAUAUGUAUAUGGUAGCCAAAUUUCAACGACUCAAUAGUUUUAAUGUCAAAUAUGCUUUAGGUACUGAACAUCCCAGCUAUCCUAUCGAACGAAAACUUUUUAUACCUUAUCAGUCAGACCUUCCAGUUGUUGAAUAUGUUCAAAACUCGAUCCAAAGUUUCUUAUUAAAAUCAGUAAGAAAAGAGCCCAUGCCAUCUUACGAUGAGAUGAUCAUGACUGAGAUGGAUAAGUUUGGAUUUCUUCAAGAAGAUCGUUCAGAUGAAGAUUAUCGGAAAAUGAAGUUUAUACGUGACUGGACAGGUCGUUUUUGGCGUGGUCCUUUUCGCCAAUACAAGUUUUCAUUUACUCCUGAAGAAUUACGCCAGCAUAUUGCGUUUAAUGAAAUACCAAAGGACUAUUUAUCAAAGUUGAUUAGAAAACGAGGCCCAGAUACGUAUCAAAUGGAUGAUUUUAUUUAUCAUUGUGGAAAUAAUAUACCUCUUAUCUGUGAUGGCGUGAUUGAGAGUUGCCAAUGUGAUGAUUUUGAAUUUGGAAAUAGGCCAUGUAUUCAUAUGUUUUUGUUAAAACGUAUCAGACCAGAUUUGCGCGUUAUGAAUAUGGAUGACAAAGAAGUGAAUAAACCUGAUUGUAUAUUUGAAAGUCAAGCGAGUGUACGUAGAAAACGCGCAAAUAAGUUAUCAAUGGAGGAAUUAAAAUCGAUGAUCGUCAAGGUGUCCCCUCAAUCAUGGCUAGUGAAAUCACUAUCAACUAGCAAUGCCUAUUUUUUAAUCACUUGUGAUUUGUCUGGUGCUAUGGUUAGCUGUAAGUGCCCAGAUUUUGAAGAGAGACAGCUGCCAUGUAAGCAUAUGUAUAUGUUAAGGCGAUUCAAUAAGCACUUGAUAAUCACAAGACCUGAUUCAGAUAUUGAAGAGAAUAUAGAGGGAGAUGAGAUGACAACUAAUGACGAGAUUGAAAAUGAAGAAGGAAUGAUAGUAUCAGUAGAAGAAAUGCAAUUAUCCAGCAUUGAAGAAGACGAAAUUUCUGAUAUAGCGACUUGUAAUGAGCAAAAUGAAAAUAGUAGAGAACUGAUGAUGACGACAAAUGAAGAAGAUUGUUAUAAUACUAAUUUAUCAUCUAAAGGAAUUACCAUUAAAGAAGAGGAUGAAGAGGUAACAUUUAAACAAAUAAUGGCUUCUGCUAUAAAACAAAAUAAAGCAAUAUCGCCAUCUGCUAUUAGUAAACCACCUCCUCCAGAUUUUGUACCAAAGAUACGCAGAAAAGGUAAAGGAAAACAAAUAGAAACUAGCAGCAGUAUGAGUCAUGAUAUAAGUUCCAAAAGACAGCCAUCAACAACAAAUGAUUUGCUGACAGAACCAUCCGAAUCCUCAUUAUUAAAAGGACCUAUUCUCAACAAGUCUAAUGGAUUAAAAAUACCUCAUAGAAGAUCAUUUUCUCAACAAAAAGCAGGUGAUAUACCAAAUCAGCGCGUAGAUAAAUACGUAGCCGGUAUAGUAAAGAUGAUGGAGAAAAUGCCAAUAAAGAAGGAGACAGAAAAUAAGGAUUUUCCUCUUUUAUAAAAACUUCCAAGUCUAUAGUUUUGUGUUUAUCUUUCUUCACUUGUUUUUUUUUAAUAUAUAUUGGAAAAAAUAUAUAUGUAGUUUUUUUUUUGUACAUAUAUAAAUGUAUAUACAUAUCUGAAUUGUAUCUUUUAAUCUAAUCUAAUCUAACAUUCAAAUACAACAAGCACUCAUUUAUAUGUUACACUGAAGAAAUAAUAAUUAGACC